GACCCAUCCGCGUUGGAGCAUGCGCCAGUGAAGGUCCUGGUGGUGGUGGAGCAUCUGCCAUGGCAUGAGAGCAUUCUCAGCUAUGCCUGUCCUAUUCUUCAUGCUCCUCCUCGUUCUUUCCCUCUCACAGGACCCAUCCGCCUUAGAGCAUGCGCCAGUGAAGGGGCUAGUGGUGGUGGAGCAUCUGCCGUGGCACGAGAGCAUUCUCCGGCUGUACCUCCCUGCUGGGCUCGUCUCGAAGCUCAUUCAAGAGGUGUGUACGAGGCUGCUUGCUGCUUGCUGGCUGGGUUUGGUGAGAUCAUUCCUACAUCAUGCUCAAAGCAUUCUCUUCCCGUACCCCCUGCUGGGCUCGUCCCGGAGCUCAUUCAAGAGGUGCGGGGCUUGCUGCUGCAGCGCACGGGCGCGGAGCUGUUCCUAUCCAACCUGGAGACGGAGGACAUAGACACGCCCGAGAUUGUGUGGAACGAAGACAUGAAAGAGCGCCUGCGAUGCUUCCUGGAAGCGGACUUGCAGCCAUACGUGCAGGCACGGGCGGGGGACCCUCACGCGGUCUAUGUGUACGAGCCCAAGCCACCGCUCGUGUAUCCUGAACUCGCAGGCACCGUCUUUGUUGCGCCGGUGCCUACCAUCCCAGUUGUGCUGCUGUACCUGCACAACGUGCUGAUGCGGAGAUGGAGAGGCACCAUCUUCGUGGCACCGGUGUAUCUACACAACGUGCUGGACGCUGAGAGGUUCCCGGCGCACCAAGUGUUUGACUCCACGUCCUUCCACCACAGCGUGCUGCGGGUGAGUGGAGUGCUGAGGGUGAGUGGCGUGCUGCGGGUGAGUGGAGUGCUGAGGGUGAGUGGCGUGCUGAGGGUGAGUGGCGUGCUCAGGGUGAGUGGCGUGCUCAGGGUGAGUGGCGUGCUCAGGGUGAGUGGCGUGCUCAGGCUCUCCCCUCCCCAGGAGUACGAGCCCAUUCCGCAGGCCACCUCAGCAGGGGGCAGUGGUGCGGUGACAUGUUUGGCAGAGAAUGUUGUCCUUCUCACACCUCUUCCCUCUUUCCAUCUCCCCGAGUACGAGCGCAUUCUGCAAGCCACGUCAGCAGGGGGCGGUGCAGUGACGUGGCGCCAGGAAGCCCCGCGGCUCGUGCUGCUGCUCAAGGCGCAGGUGGCCGUCAAACUCCAUGAUAAAGAGGUGACUUUUGAGUCGACUCAAAGUCUCCUAGGCAGUGAUUCUGGACUGCUAUCCGCGGUUCCUUGUGUAGAGGCGGAGAGUGUAGUGAUCGACAUGGCGACCCCAGCGCUGCAUGUGUGCAUCGCUCUGAAGGAUGACUUCUCAAACGCUUCUUGCCUCAUUCUUCCUCUUCAAUCAUCUCCCGCUUUCCCUCCCUGCCCCCUCCCUACCUUCCUCUCCCCCAACCCCUCGCCUCCCCCUUUUCUUUCCCCCUCCCAGGCAGUGAUUCUAGACCGGUACCCACAGAUCCCUCUGGGAGCAGAGGCAGAGAGCGUGGUGAUCGACAUGGCGACCCCAGCGCUGCGUGUGUGCAUCGCUCAGAGGGACGACUGCCCCCCUCAGAUGGCCGAUAUCCUGCAGCAUGCUGCUAAGAUCCUCCGGGGGAUUGCGGCUACCAGAGACAAGGACGCGGACGUAUCUCAGCCGUCUAUCAACUUCGCCCUAAGCGUGCUGUCCUGUGGAGCACGUGUGAAGUCGGACGGAAGCUUCCCCGACUCCCCUGCCAAGUCCCCUCUCGAACCCGCUCUCUCCUGCGCCCUCUCCAUCCUCGAACUCGCCGCCUCCUCCAACGUCUACUACUCCCCUGCUGCCAAGUCCCCUCUCGAGCCUCUCCUGCGCCCCUCUAUCCUCGAGCUCGCCGCCUCGUCCAAGGAGGGUCGCAAGCAGGCGAGGGACGACAUGCGGUGGCACAAGGGAUUCUGGUGGGCGCUGUGGUUCGCUGCCGGGGAGAGCAGCUGGGGCAGCAACCUCCUUCACUCCGUUUAUUCGCACAUCCAUUUUAACCCCUCUGGACCCCUCACAACCUCUCUUGACCACAGGGAGGGACGAAAGCAGCUGAGGGACGAUGUGCGGUGGCGCAAGGGCUUCUGGUGGGCGCUGUGCUCUGCUGCAGGGGAGAGCAGCGCGGAUGGGGUGCCCUGCUCGCUGGCCUUUGCUGCUCUCGACUGCCUUAACCACUUCGCUGGGGACCGGGACAUGUGCUACCGGCUGAUCAACCAGGCCCUUCAUCUGCCGCUGCUGCUCCUCGCUGUUCCAUCAGAGUCAACCCUCGAGGAUGAGCGGCGCCGCAAUGAAACAGGUCAAGAACCCAACUUCGGAGCGAAAGCAUUACAGCAGGUGGCAGCAGAGGUGCUGCGCACGCUCGCAAUCACUCUUGAGCAAGCACUCCCGCCUGAUGGCGAACCAAGCCCCCGAGGCUCUCUGCUGCACAUGCAGCAGUUGGAGCAGCAGCAGUCCUCUGCCCCCUCCCAAUUACCUCCUGAGUGUGUCCUCCUUCCCUUCCUGCUGCCCUUCGACAUGUUUUCCUUGUCCAAGCAGCAGUUGGAGCAGCAGCAGCAGGAGCAGGAGCAGGGCGGCCUGCUCUCAUACGUCAUCCCCUGGGGUCUGCUGGAUGCUCUCAAGAAUCCCGAUGCUGGGGCGGCGAAGCUUGUUGCGUUGGUGGGAGCCGACGGCGAGAUGCCGACCGCGAUUUGGAAUGCGGCGGUGAGGGAGGAGCUUAGGGGGAAGGUGGAGGCGCGGAUUAAGAGGUUUAACCUGGCGCAGGCUGGAGGAGGGGGAGGAGGAGGAACGGAGGAGGAAGAUGAAGUGGCGUGGCUGCGCUCGUUCAGGUACGACUGCCUCAAGGACGAAAUGGUUAUUUCAGGCAUCUUCGUCCGGGGGUACGCUGCGGGCAGCUGGGAAAACUUCGACCUGCCCGACGGCCGUGCUAGCAUCGUCACCACCUCAGCAGCUGCCUUUGCCUCACAGCCUCCCACUGUCGCCGGGUUUCUGAUGGUACUUAAAGCCCUGGCGGAGUGCAUUAGGUGCCCCUACGAGCCGAGAGCAGCUGCUGGGGUCGUCUUUGCUGCCCGUUUUGGCACGGCAGCUAUGGAGAUCGAUCACCAUACCAGGAACGGGAGUGGAAGAGGGUUGGUGGCACCAGAAGGGGAGGAGGAUUUCGGGGCGGGGUUGAGUGAACUGGCACUGGCGAUUCUCGACGCGGUUUUGGAUCUAAGUGUGGAAAUGGCAGCAGUUGUGGCAGUUACCAAUCAUUUCAGUUCCAGCAGCCUGCUUCUCGUGCUGCUCGCGCUCUUCCUCCGGGUUCCCCUGCCCCCGUUUAAGGGCACUUCGAAAAAAGCUGCUGGGCAGGCGUGGAGCGAGGCGGAAGAGGCAGGAGUGCUGGACACGGCGCAGUUUCGAGCUGCCCAGAUUCUCGGGCAGCUGCUGCUGGCGGCCUGUGGAGUGCAGGAUCGGGCGAAAUUUAUCGCCGGGAUUGAGGAGGAGGGGAUAGGGUCAGCAACAGCAUUAGGUGAUGGCACGAACGGGAUUGAUAACCUAUCAGUGGAUGAGGAGGUGUUUUCCGACCCUCACGGGGACGUUCGGGAUAUCCACAACCUGAUUUCGCUCCUGGAGCCAGGCGCGGCGCCGGCCGUGCCUCUCAUCUCGGUUCGGGUGCUGUACCUGCUGCUGCCGAUGCGCAUCCUCUCGCUCCUCAUGUCCGAUCCGGAAGGAGCGUGCCGAGCCAUCGGAUCUCCCAGUUGCACGCCGCUGCUUGUGUGGAAUGACGCUUCGGCGAGAAGAGCGAGAGAUGCAAUCAAGAGGGAAGCAGAGGAGGUGCUAAGGAGGCAUGAGGGGGAGGUGAGUGAGGGGAAGCAGCAGCUAGGGCUGCCUAUGUGGGAUCUGGAGGCAGGGAAGGAGCCGGACGGCGGCAGUGUGGGGCGAGGCGGGGAGGAAGCAGCGGCGUUCCGCCCCUUCUUCCUGCAGUACGUGCGCGAGAGCAUCGAGUUGGCAAAGGAUGAAGGAGAGGGAGCAGCAGGAGGAGCAGAGGCUGCGGAAACGUUGUUUUCAGAGCAGGAAAAGGCGGGGUACGUUCCGGAGAUGUACAUUGGUGGGUGUUACGUGGACCAGUUGUUGCGGCAGCCGAGAUUUGAUCUCGGGAAGCGAGUGGAGCUGCAACUGGUGAGGGAGAUUCGCAAGGCUAUAGUCACUGCUGCGCCAAAUGAAGGCAAGAGAUAUGAGGAGUUCACCACUGCGGAUCGUAGAAGGCUGCUUUUGGCCCUGCUCGCGCUUUUCCAGAGCCGCCCGCACCUGCUGACCAUCACCAACACGGACAUCUUCCUGCCCGUGACGGACUUUUUCACGUCGGGCAGCGGCGAAGAGCGGCGCGCGCUGCUGCAGGCCGGCGUGUUACUGUUCCUGCGCAUGGUUACUUCGAAUGACGUGGCGGAUUUCGUCUCUUCUGAAGAGCUCAUCUCGCUUCUGUCGAAGCUGCUGUUGCUGGAGGUACCGGCAGGGAGACAGGGGCAAGCUGCUACGGAUCCGAGGGUGUGUGCUCUGAUGCUCAUGCAGAAAUUGUUCAGACUUUCCUCAAAGGCUGUUGAGUUGGGGUUGCAGCAUCAGGUUGUGGAUCGUCUGGCAUCGCUCGUACUCGAUACAGAGAACUCCAUUAUCGUGCGUGCGCGAGCUGCUGCUGUGCUGGGAGCUAUGGCUGGGGAGAGAAGGCUGGGGCCGGAGAUUACAAGGCAGGCAGAGAGGAUUUUGCCGGAGAAUAUUCCCGAGGAUGGCGGGAUGGACGGAGGAGGAGGGGAUGGGGGUGGUGGGGAAGGGGAGGAUGGGAACGGCGGUCCCACAGCUGUUGUGGAAGCUGCCUUGAUGUUUCCUGCUGCCAGGCUGGACGCAUGGAACGAUGAGGUGGACGGGGCUCUAAGGCACGGGCUGGCUGCUGCUGCUCUCACCAACACACGGAAUGUGAGGAUUCUGAGGAAGAAACUUGCUGGGGCGAAGGGGGUGCUGGUGGAGGUGGAACUGCAGUUCCAACCUCCCCCAGGUGCUGCCGCGAGAGCCAAGAAGGGCGAGACUGCAAGGACGUCAGUGGAUGAUCCGGCGAAGGCCGCCCGGACGUUCAAGCAGAGGUUGGAGACGCAGCUGGGGGGUAUGCUCGCCCCAGAGGUGUUUGAGUCGAUGGGUAACCCGGCUGUCCGCUCCUCGACGGUGAAGGACUCGGACCGAGGGGCGGCGAUGAGCGACGAGGGCCGGGCGGCAGUGACGGCGAUAGUGGAGCAGCUGGAAGCAAUGGGGCUGGAAGAGCCGCUCAAGAGUCCCUUAGUGUUUGGAGGGCUGUACUGGAGUCAAAGGAAGGGCACGAGAGUGGAGCGGCUGGAGGCCGUGCGGCUGGGGGAGCCGCUCAAGAGCCCGCUGGUGUUCGGAGUGGAGCAGCAAUGCAAGGACAUGGGAGUGCUGGCGGCUGUGGGGCUGGAGGAGCCGCUCAAGAUUCCCCUGGCGUUCGGUGGUAAGCGGGCAUGCAUAGAGCAGCGGAGCAUUCAGCAGUGGACGGGGCGGUCAUGGGAGGUGGCAUACACAUCUAGACCCACAGCAGCGGGCGGGUACUACCGCAGCAUGCUGGGGCGCACACUGCUGCGAUCCAAGGACCUGGUGCAGACCAUCUACCCGCCCAACGGGGUGGAUAACCUCGUGGAAUUCGACGCGCUCUCCCUGAUCCCCGGCAGCAUCAGCCUUAAAGGCACUUUUGAGCCGCUGGACAACAAGUGGGUGCGGGCGGUGUUUGAGGCGCCCAACCUCGCUCUGGGCGCGCUCAAGUUCUCCUACGGAGGGCAAUCGUCCGUGCGCCUGUCUGUGUCGUACCUCGAUGAGCGGGUGCGCAUUGGCCGGGGAUCCCAAGGCUCCAUUUUUGUGUUUGCACGCCGCACGUAA